CUGUGCCAAUAUAGUGUCUGUGACAGCACGGGCAGCGCCAUUGAGGCUAUCUUCAUAUUAAAGUAGUAACAUUUCUUCUUCACUAUUGUCUGAGCCCUUCUGAUGACCCGAUUGGACAUGACUUCAACAGGGUCACCAGUAGGGCUCAGCCAAUGAAGUUGGUAGUCCCACCCAGUUGACUAAAUUCAAAUUGUGAAAGUACAUGCAAAUGCAGCAUUUUGCCCAUUAGAGGCCAAUAUCUUUCUCUCUGUCUGGGCUACAAUUGUAGACGGUUGCGUAAUUAUGCUUUUCACCUGUGAAAGGCUGUUGUGCUGCUAAUGAGGGAGUUCUAUUAACCUGAGCCGAGGUGCCCCGGUCCAUGGCCCCUGACAUGAAUGGAUAAAAGCGGUGAGGGCGGAGCACCCUUCUAAAAUUGAACAGUAGCCUUACAUUUAGGUAUUUGUCCUAACACUACACAGCUGAUUCAGAUUAACAAAGCUGGAUGAUUAUUUGAAUCAGCUUUGUAGGGCUAGGGGAAUAAAAAUAAAAUGUGCAGCCCUUUGGGAUUCAGGUGACUGAGUGUGGGAAGCCUUUGUCAUAGGGUAAAAGUUGCAUACCGCUGGGCUGUAGGCUGCACACCUUGGGUCAAAUAUCAGGUUCUGUAGCUGUGUAUUUUAUCGGAACAAUUCUGUUCUACAAUGAUUAUUUUCCUUAGCUCAGGGUUGUUGUGCCUAUUGAUUGCAACUGUGGGCAUACAAGCACAACAGACACCUUCUAUAAAUGACCUCAACGCUGAAUGCCUUGGUAACGUUAUUCGUUUAAGUGUCGCUCAUCUUUUUGAAGAGGUUGAUGCUGUCUUCAAUGACACACAAAUCAUAAACCUGACGCCUGGCCUUGCUACUCGGUGUGGAUUCAGCUUUAAAUUUGAUCCCAUGGGGAAUGCCAUGUUUUUUUGCUUCUCUUCAAAACUGCUUUUCCCAAAACAUGGGUGAGAUGUUCAGCUUGGUCAUGCAGUUCAGGCUGCCAGGAAACCACAUGACUGAUGUGUAUAGAGUGGGCAAAACCUGUCGCUACACCCCCUGGACCUCCCGAGAGAUUCUGUGCGACCGCAACUACAUGGAGGUGUCUGUCAGAAGGACUCUUCCAGACAUCCAAACCGUCCCCGAACACCCCACCGGGGGCCCGAAAGCAAGGAGCGCCAACUUCCGGAGAGGAGCUGAGGCUGUUGCUUCAGGAUACAAAAGGACAGCAGUCGUCUUUAGUCCUAGCAAGAAGGUCAUGAAUGUGGAUGAGGUCCAAAGAAAGGGCUAUGCAAUAGCCAACACUCCCACACGACUGGUAUUAAGAAGCUCUCAUAAUGCAGAGAAGACAUACCUCCAGAAUGUAGCUGGGGUUCCGAUGCGGGUGCUCUCAACCUCAAACUUCUUUGAGCAGAAGUGGCUGGUUACUCGAGUAGAUGCCACGGCUGUUUGUCCAACACCAGAGGCAGUGGCCUUUACUCCAGAAGUGAUCACCUGGUACAUGCCCAAGCACAUAGACCCACUUUUCUCCUCUGAUGCCUUCACUAUGUUGGAGGUGUACAUGGGAAUUGACGCUAAGAGGCUGGACACUGAAGAAAUGGCUGCCAGAAACUACUCGGUUUUAGUCACAGAGGCUCAUAUUAUUGUUGAAAUUCCGGUGGGGGUGGUUGGCGGCUAUUUCAAGAGCCAUAUUCAGGAUGACCAGUACUUUGUCACUUAUACCAUUGAGCCCAUGCUUGAGUUGCUGUGGAUCGAGGAGGUCGCACACGAGGACUCCAGCUAUAAAGUCCUCUUCCCUAUCACAACACCUCCGAUGGCCAGGCCUCCACAAGUUCGCAACUACACAGUUCCUGAGCUGGCAGUGUUUGUGCUUGAGUUGGGGACCUUCAACCUUGAUGUGGAGCUGCUGAACAUCACCUUUCCCACCAUGGUGCUAACUGUUGCAGAGUGCAACGCCAGAGGCUUCAAUGUUCAGGAGCAGAGAUCCCCAGACAACACCUUGAAGACCUUCAGGAUGGAGGUGCCCUUCUCAGAGACGGUGGUCUUUAAGAGAAGGGCGGAACAAGGUGUCACAACCUUCACUCUUCAGCUGAUCUACGGCCUGGUCAUCUUUCCAGAGUAUGAGCCUUUCUCUCACUCUGCCGUUGUGGACACUGUACUGCUGGACAUUGGUAUGUCUCUGGACUACGCCAAACUACUCUUGAAUGGUUUCCUCUCCUUAAUGAUUUGCCACCCUCAGUCACUGGCAACUGAUCAGGAGAACUUCCACAUCACUGUGGACUACAGGAACCAAGAGCCCUUUUUCGUCUUGGUUGGCAAGCGGCUGCUUAACCAUGAGCUUGCUCAACAGUAUUUAACAGAGGGCGACGCAGACCUCACCAUCACGUUGCCCUUCUCUUCGCCGGACGCAGUGUUUGAGUCGGUUCACUCGUCCUCUGUCAGGAGCAGACUGGAUGUGGCUCUGUUGAAUCCUUACAACAACAUGACCAUCAAAUACUUUUCCCUGGAUUGCAGCUUCCUCAAAACGCUGACUGGCUCCCCCACCUACAAGUGUUUCUCUAACGGAACGAUGACUGCGCUGGCGCUGAAGGUGGAGUCUGCUCCCGGUCUGAACCCCGGUCAGCUGACCCUGAGCGACCCCACCUGUGGUCCCACCUACUGCGACGAUCGCUUCGCCUACUUCCACUUCACUGUGAACUCCUGUGGCACCACCAGGAAGUUUAUCAACAAUGUCAUGCUGUAUGAGAACGAAAUCUCCUUGCCAGAUGAACAUGAGGUGAAGCUGAAUGCCACGAUGUCUUCAGAGGAGGAAUAUCAGUUGAAGGUUUCCUGCUACUAUGUGGCCAACAUCACUCGCACAUUAGCCUUCCUGACCAGGCCGCGUGACAACGAGCCUUUUGCCGAGACUGGGACGUGUCGACUAAUGGUCAGAAUGACACUCGCUCAGGGUCUUUGUCCAUUGUGAUGUGGUGAUCUGUGAUGCCAGUAGUCCCUCUGGCGGCCCCUGUAGUGGACAAUGUGUGAAUCAGGACAACCCGAAAAGAGGUCAAUGACAUGUCAAACACCUCUUUGAGGAGCGUAAUUUAUAUGCUUCUUCUGGAUACAUUCUUUGGGUGUAAUGUCUUGUUCUAACAUGUCAAAUAAAGUGUUAUGUAUAUAAAACAA